ACAGAAAGCAGUCAGGAUAAGAAACAAACAAAGUCCAGCAGAACAAAGCAGAGCACAAAAUUGAAUCCAUAGUCUCACUCCCCUCCCUUGGGGUUUGAACUCCGUUUGUCACCAGAAUGGGAGCUCUCCAAUUCAAUCCUCCAGGGUUCUCUUCGAUCCCACGAGCCCCGGGUUUCAACCACCAAACCAAAUCCCAUAAAUUCCUUCCCCUAACCAACCAGCUUGGCCUGCCCAGAGGAAAGCUUCAUGCCAUUGAAACAGCCACUGGAAACAGCGGACCCGAAGCUGCCAUGCCCGAAGAACCCCCACAAAUUGAUAUUGCAUUCGUUGGAUCGAGGCUGCUUCCUGAUGGGACGCCGGACGUACACUAUCGGUCGGCAUGCGGCGGCCAGAAGCUAAGGGAUAUAAUGUUGGAUUCUAACAUUGAUCUAUAUGGACCUUAUGAUAAACCACUCCUAAACUGUGGGGGAGUUGGCACAUGUGCAACGUGUAUCGUGGAGGUGGUUGAGGGUAAGGAAUUACUAAGUCCGCGCACCGAGAAAGAAAAGGAAAAACUUAGGAAGAAACCAAAGACAUGGAGAUUGGCGUGCCAAACUGUGGUUGGUAAACAAGAUUCCAGAGGACAACUUAUCAUCCAACAAUUGCCCGAGUGGAAAGCACAUGAUUGGAAAAAACCCGGAUAUGUUCCAGAGGCAUAAUGUAAUGACAAGUUAUAACAAUCCUUAUAGUUGGUGGAGUUGAAUCUUAGCUACUACUUGUUCUUGAUUGCCUCCUCCUAGAUUGCAAAGUAGUACUAGGCCGAGACCAACACCUUGGUAUCCUAUACUGUUCUUUGGAGAUUGAGGGAAAAUCUAGUACUUCAGAGUUCAAUUUUUGAUUGUUAUGUCAAAAUUCAGCCACAAUCUUUCUAUAACAGAAGAUGGAGUUUUUCGGAAAA